AUGGAUAGAAUACAAAACACGCCAGAUGUAGAUGUUUAUAAAUAUUGUAUUUUAUUUAUCCUUUUAACGGCUUCUGAUGGCGUCACAGACAAUAUGCUGACGCAAGCAAAAAUUUAUUCCUUGCCAUUUUUCAUUUAUGACCAUAACAAAAAAACGUCAGUUAUAACAACGUCAGCUAUAACAACGUCAGCUAUAACAACGUCAGCUAUAACAACGUCAGCUAUAACAACGUCAGCGAUAACAACGUCAGCGAUAACAACGUCAGCUAUAACAACGUCAGCUAUAACAACGUCAGUUCUAACAACGUCAGCUAUAACAACGUCAGUUAUAACAACGUCAGCUAUAACAACGUCAGCUAUAACAACGUCAGCUAUAACAAAGGCAGUUAUAACAACGUCAGCUAUAACAACGUCAGCGAUAAUAACGUCAGUUAUAACAACGUCAGUUCUAACAACGUCAGCUAUAACAACGUCAGUUAUAAACAACGUCAGCUAUAACAACGUCAGCUAUAACAACGUCAGUUAUAAACAACGUCAGUUAUAA